UGGCGCAAAAACAAAGCGGUGCAUUCUGGGAUUGGAAUGGCCAUAUGCUCGUUCGUCGUAAGUGAUAGAAAUCUCGAUAUCUGCGCAUUUUAACGGGGUUUUCGCCGCGAACGCCGUUGCCUGGUGUUUCUCACGCGCACUCGGAGAAGACAUAAAACGGCCGCAGAACACGGAAGCAGCGGCCUUAAAAUUGAGGCAUGUUAGGGAGAUGGAUAAAAAUCAUCAGCAGCAGCCUCCACAGCAGGUUCCAGUGGAAGAGGAUCUGCAGACAGCCUUUAAGAAGCUGAAAGUCAACAUGGUUAGUGAAAACCGGCGGUUGGCGCCUGGCCUACAGCGGCACCACCAUUACCACCACCACCACCACGGGAACCACCUCUCUGGUCCCUUACGGAAAUACCGAUCCCGGUCCACCUCAACCAGCUCCGCCGAAGCGCCCCUGGACCUGAAGACGGCUGCCACGGCGUUGGAGCGCCUCCCAAACACCAACCUGGAACCGGCGCCAACGUUGGAAACGCGAACCGCGGUUCGAACGCCAGCACUUGACGUUCGAGCCUCGGCGGCCGACAUGACGUGCUCGCAGCAGGCACGGAUGGACGACACGACGGUGGACGAGCUGGCGGGGUACUUCGACAACCUCGUUUAUAUCCCGAGAAAGAUGUCUCUCAUGGCGGAAAUGAUGUACACGUAGCACAGAUUACACCCAAAGUCGUCCACUGUAAAGGCGCCGCGAACUUCCCUUUGCCACAUUUUUAUCCCCUCCCUCCGAAGCGAAACUACAAGUUUCGCGGCAAAUCAGAGUGGAACUUUGUUUGCUUUUCGAAGUCGCCGCAAGGGAUCGCAUCGUCGGAAUGAGCGGAAGCAAUAAAGAAGCGCCGAGUUUGAGUUGGGGCGAGUCGGUCCUUAAGCGACACGGAUGUCUCGGUUUUUCCUCCUGGAGUGGAAUGGCUAGAUCUUCGUUUAUGUGAUAUGUGGAAAGCUGCGUUUGUCUUCCUAUUUAAAGCGCUUUUCGUUUGCACGCGUGCAGAUUCAGAUGCUUUCUUUCGAGGGCUUGGUUUCGUAGCGCGGGUGCGUUAACCGGUAGCAAGUUCCGCGGUGUGGAGCAGUGUCCUCGAGCUUGCCGUUACGCCGGCCGAGAACUAGCGUGCUAGGGGCUCCGUCGCGUGGGUAGUCUGGGAAAAAUGUGAAUGUUGUGUGUGAAGAGUGACGAGGUGAAAAAAAGAAAAGAAUAAACUAAAUGUUUGCAAUUUUUGAA